AUGCCUCGCUCCUUUCUCUCGAUUUCAAGCUCGACCCAGAGUCGUCCAGAGCAACAUGAAGACUCGCGCCGACCAAGCCUGUUGGAAACCAAUUCGAUGAUGUAUGACUCCCCUACCACUCAGGACUACGGCUAUUCGACCUCCAGGAGCCCAGCGUUCGAAACUCCAGUACGACUAGGACGUGGUAUUCGAAGCAUAUCGUCCCCCAUAGCUAUGCGGCAAAGGAUGGACAGUCCAGGAAUCUCAUCCUCCUAUCAGAGUGACCGCCAAUGGUCGUUGUUCGGGCAGCUGAUGGAGAACGAGGGCCAACUACCGCCCUCGACCCCCCGGCCAAUACCUCACAGGACUACGUCACACCGCAGUUCAAAUCUCGUCGGAAGCUUGGGCGCCCUCAGCGACCAGCGGAGUUUCUUGGCAUUCAACCCCCCACCUGGAGAUGACGCAACCCGCCAUCAACGUCGCCUAUCUGAAGAGACUUUCGUCCCCGAUGCACCAGAGUACGAUUCUGUGUUUUCGGAAUCUACUGCAUCUCUCAUUCGCCCGCAACAAACGACCACCACACCCGAGAAAAAGCAAAAGUGGUCUCCUUUCGCAUGGAUUCCAGAAUUAUCCGUCGCUCACAAAAAUGUCCUGAAAUGCGCUAUCGCAUACUUUGUGGCCUCCUUAUUUACCUUUUCUCCACUCUUGUCCGGUCUGUUCAGUGAUUUAAUAUCGUACGGGCCUGGCAAGCAUACCCCACUUCCAAGUGGCCAUAUGAUUGCAACAAUCACCCUUCUCAGAGCUGUCUACUUCAAUCCUGCAAAGACUGUUGGUGGAAUGAUCGAAGCAGACCUGUUCUGCUUCCUUGGCCUACUGUAUGCCUCGUUUGUGUGCCUUGGGUCGAUGGCGAUGUAUUGGUGGGUCGAGGAAAAACAUGGGUGGGAAUGGUUGGCGGAUAUCAUCGUUCUCCACUGGGUCGGAGUCAGUAUGGCAAUAAUUGCGUUCAUGAAAGUCUGGAUGAGUAACCCUUCAUUCAAUACUGCCUGCAGCAUGAUGGCCAUCAUUGUUUUCGUUGUGAUUGUCAAGGAAGGCGGGUUGAUGACCUUGCUUCAAGUGGCGGCCAUUGCAAUAUGCGGCUCCACCAUUGCGAACCUGGUCUGCUUCUUGAUCUGGCCCCAAAGUGCAACCGCAAACCUCCAAGCAAACAUGGUCAAGACCCUGGAUUCGUUUUCGACCCUUCUUUCUCGACUCACGAAUGUCUUCUUACUCGACGACGGCGAUGAGAAUCACAUUCAGAACGUAGAACAGCUUCACCAGGCUGUAGAAAACCACCAGAACAGCUUCACAACUCUCAAGAAGAUCCUCGGAGAAGCGCAAAGCGAGUGGAUUUAUCGAGACUUCGAUGUUGAUGGUGAUGACAUUGCAUCUAAGGGUGGGAGCUUGUUACGAAGAGAAUACGCAAGCUACCGAGGAUACGAAGAUGCCGUCGAUAGCAUGAACCGACUCGCCCAACACCUGAACGGCCUGCGAAGCAGUACCCGUCUUCAGCACGAACUCACCAGAGCUGGGGUUGUCCACCAAGGGACGCCUGGAAAGGCCAGGGCUAUUGAGGACGAUGAAAGUGCUAUUUUGAAUGCUGCAGCAGAGAUGUUCGGUGAUCUGGUCGACGAACUUGGCCCACCUCUUAGGUCGCUCACUGCCGCUUGCACGUCGACCCUCGAUGGACUGAAGGAUGCUUUUACCAAAGCCAAGACGAAGUCCUUGGAACCCAGCGACAUGAUGCAACCUGAAGCCUUCAUUGAGAUGGCUGAGGGGAUCGAGCGCGCCCUCUUCGUCUUCGAGAGCACCUCCAAUCACGCCGUUCUUAGGCUAUACCGAAAAUCUUCUUCCAAUCCCUAUUCCCCUCGACCAAUGUCGCCCAGCGCCCGUUCUUUCUCCUAUUCAGAAAAUCGCCUUCUGACGGAGGAUGAAAACGAACACGUCUUCCUAGUUUAUUUCUUCAUCUUCACUUUGCAAGAAUUUGCUCGAGAGUUGGUUGGCCUUAUCGAUGCGAUGGAGCGCAUCUACACCUUUGAAAGACGGAGGCUCAUGCAAGGUGGUUUCCUUCGUCGGCUCUAUUCUUUGGUCAUCCGACGAACAAUGUUGUUCCGAAUGUGGUUGAAGAGACCGAAUACCCAAGUUAGCGGUCUGCGACGCAGUCUAUCGUACAUGAUCCCACAACACAGAAUCGCGCAUCCAUUCUUCCCUAAAAUCCGGCCUCACGCACCAGAUACGUUGCAAACGCCCUCGAUGAGUCAGUUGACGUUCUGGGGCAGGAUGAAGCACCGUGUUUGGGAGUUGAGUAAACUCCCGAAGCAGAGGAACGUCAAAUAUGCUAUGAGGGCUGGAAUCGCCAUCGCCCUUCUGGCGAUGCCCGCGUUCUUUGAUGCUACGAGACCGUAUUUCGUGGAGUUCCAGGGCGAUUGGGCUUUGGUUUCUACAUUCGUGGUGAUAUCACCCACCAUUGGAGCAACCAAUUUCAUUAGCAUUCAGCGAAUUCUCGGAACACUGGCUGGAGCGACGGUUGCGGCUUGCAUCUAUUCUCUCUUCCCGGAGAACGCGGUUGUCCUUGCCCUCUUUGGAUUUUUCUUUUCGAUUCCUUGCUUCUAUACUGGCAUCACCAGGCCUCGACAUAUGACUGCGUCUCGAUUCGUGCUCCUCACUUAUAACCUGACUUGCCUCUACUGCUACAAUCUACGACAGAAGGAUGUUUGGGUCUGGGAUAUUGCUGUCGAUCGUGCCUUGGCGGUUACGGGCGGUGUAGUCUGGGCAGCGAUUGUUUCACGACUCUGGUGGCCUUCCGAAGCCCGUGCAGAGCUGAGCAAAACUCUCGGAGACUUCUGUUUGAAUCUAGGAUGGCUUUAUACCCGACUCGUAGCUUCCAACUCCUUCGCGCCGGAGUACACUCCGGUACCAGAACCGCGCAAUGACACUGAGGAAGGAACUGCCCUCGUUGGACCUAGCAAUAUGGUCACUACACGGCUUCACAACUCCAUCCACGAAUUUAUGGCAAUGGAACUACACCUUCAGAUCCAACUCAUCGAAAUGCAGAAUCUUCUGGCUCAGGCACAGCACGAACCUCGUCUGAAGGGUCCUUUCCCUGUCCAACUCUAUCGAGAAAUCCUCACAAGCCUUCAAACCAUCCUUGAUAAACUUCAUAGCAUGCGCUGUGUCACGACGCGUGAGGAGUGGUACACGGAGGUGCGAAGGGAUUUCAUCGUCCCAGUAAAUCGAGAACGUCAUGAGAUGGUCGGCAACAUCAUCCUCAGUUUCUCAACCCUGGCUUCAGCGUUCAGGCUCAAGGCUCCGCUUCCUCCUUAUCUGCCACCAGCAGAAAAGUCCAGGCAGCGGCUAGUCGCAGCCAUUCGAGAACUUGACGUGGUCAAGAACCGAGAAGUUCGCGGUUCUCGACAGCUCCUCUUCUUUGCCUACGCAAUCACUAUGAAGGGAGUGACCGAGGAACUCGAUCGACUGGGCAAGACCCUUCAACAUGCUUUCGGUGUUAUCGGUGGGUCGGCUGAGGCAUUCGAAAGCCUUUUCCUCGAGACAGAUGAAAGGCAGCGAAUCAUCGAUCACGUUUCCUGA